AAAAAUAUUCAAUAUUUAUAUAUAUGUUGCAUUAUUUUUAUUAUGAAAAUAGAAGAGACAAUAAAUUCAAUCCCUUUCUCUGUGUUUAUAGGUUUACCGAAAAACGAUACAAUAGUGAAUACGAAAGAAAGAUUCGAAAAGAAUCGAUCGUAUUGACGCUUACAACAACUAUUUUUGAGUCUGUAAUAGGAAAAAUGGAAUUAGCAGUUACUAAUAUUAUAUUUUCUAAUUAUGCUAACUGUCUUCGUUAAUAUAUUUGCUUUUAUUGGUAUUGGUUUUAUCAUUACAUAAAUUAUCAUACAAUAAAUUCAUAUAUAAUUUUAGAUGGCUUUGCCUUCUCUUCUAUUGGAUCCUGAAUUAUCCACAGUUCUUACAACUAAUGAAAUGCAUAUAAUAAAUGAUGUUAUGUGUAAUGUUGAAUUUUGUUGUAAAUGUUUACAACAAAAUUGCGCAAGCAGAUUCUUGACAAACAUGUUGACAUUCUUCGUACAAAUCCUUAUUAUAAACAUAUUUCCAUAACAUCAGCUUUAUUUAUGUGUUACAUCCGUUAUUUUCUAGAUUAUAUUUUAGCUAGAAUGCAUCUUAUGUCAGACCAAACGAGGAAUAAAGAAUUACAUUACAGAAAAUUUUGGCGCUGUCAGAAGAAAUCUGCCGACGAUAUUGCUGUAUUUACUGUUGAUUUGGAAAAGCAACGGAUUAAUCAUAAAAGAAUGUUGGAGGGCGUAGUCAAGCGAUACAGGAAUAAUAUAAUUGCUAUUAAUGAAAUCGACAAAAACUGCAACGAAGACAUCAUAAAUACAACUAUCAAAUAUGAAAAGAAACAAUUUAUUUUAUAUAAAGCAUGGGAAUUUGAACAAAAUGAAAUACAAUUAGCGUUGGAGAAUGUUAUAGAUGACUUUGAAUCCUUGAAAGACAUAAAUACGAAAUUGAAACAAACUAUACGUGAACGCAGAUUGACGAUAGAAUCGAAAUUAUUUGCAAUAAUGAUGAAAUAUGACGUAGAAAUUGGCAGUAGAUAUCGAAUGUUAGAAGAACUCAGUGAAGUAUAUAAAUAUGAUAAGAUAGUGAAACAUUUAUUGGAGGAAGAGGUGAAACAUCAAGAAAUAUACCUUGUUUCUGUAAAACAAAAAGAAUUACGUACACCUACGUUUAAACAAGAACAUUUUGCACGGAUUAUUCAACGUUGGUGGCGAAAAAUUUUAUGGAAUAGAGAAGCAAAAAAAGUGAAGAAUAUAUAGAAAAAUGUAACUCAUAGCGCACAUAAAUUUUACAUUAAAAUAUGUAUUUUAUAUAUAGGAUAUGGUAAAAGGUUCCUCACUGCAAUAAUAUAUAUUUAAUUAAAUCAUUAAAAAUCAUAUAAAUAUUUUCUUGCAAAUUAUGAAAUCUUCGA